AUGAAUGAUGAGUUAGAAAAGACAGCAAACUUUUUCUUCCCUGUUGAUAAUUAAGGCAUGAAACAGAAAUUUGUUCAUACAAGACGAUUGUUGAAGCAUCCUGUUCAGAGAAAUGUUUCAAAUCCCUCAACCCAGAUAACUACAUCCAAGAGAAGUUCUGAUAAUUCUGGAGUUGAAGCGUAACAUACUCCUCCAUAAAUAUGUGGAAUGAGAAAAAGAUCAGAAUUGCAUACAAAUUCAGAGGAUAGAAAAUCUAACAAUUAUCGAAUAUUUAGUUCUAAUGUAAAUCAACGCUCUAGUUACCCCUAAUAAUUUAGUUUUGGGGAUUAAUUUAAGUUCAUGAAUGAAUUCUUACAGUUGAAUGACGAACAUUAAAGUCCUCCCUUCAAAUAAUCAAAGAAGCUACCUGAUAUCUUCUAAUAAAGAAACUCUAGCCAAGGAUUCAGAUAAGUAUUUAGAAUUCAUAGUGGGUAAAGUAAAAGAGAAACAAUGAGCAACUUUGUCAAAGAUAUCGAAUGCCCAAAGUAAUAAUGUAUGUAGUAGUUGUAAUUGAAACAAACAAUUAAUAAACAAUAACUAAGAGGAACUUAAACAAAGUUACCCACUAUUGGUUAACCUGUAUCAUUUUUAUAAACUAAACAAUAAUUGAAGAUGAUAAAUAGAAUAUUUUCAGGCAAACAGGAUUAAUGA